GAGAUCUGGAAUCUCCGCGUCAUUUCACACAAACAGAACGACAGCAUCGGUUGGAGUAAAUAGAAUCAUUUGACAUGAGAUUGCGAAAUCAUGAAAGAUUUGUUCACAGCUUUAUAUAUAUACCAUGAAAAUUGUGCGGCCUCUUUUCUUCUUUCCUCGCUUUCCGGUUUUCUUACACUUUUUUUUAACUUGUAAAUCAUUAUGGGAGAUUUAUUUGGCUCACUAACUCGACGAAGACUCUUAUUUCCUUUGACGGAUAAAAGACCAGUCUCCACAGCUGUCUUCCAUUACUCUCCGUCAUGCUGCUUACACCGCGUGGAGAAUCAACUCCUAGAUGAGCUUGCUGGAGGUCCAGCGACCAUUCUGAUCUCGUUUCAUUGUUGCCAUGAUGCUAUUUCCAGCUCCACACUUCGGCUUCGAGCUGCGACUCGUUUUCUUCAAGCUGAUCCCGCAGGUGGUUGUGCGCAUCUUGCAACGUGCCGUCCACGGACUUGUCAUUGCAAAACUGAGGGGGGCACACCGGUUGAGUUGCUUCUCGAAAGCCUUUGCCGUAAACGCCAGCUGCUAACCGCAUAUGAUGGUGCUGUGGUAGGUAGGGUUUGUAAAACUUGCGAUGAGAGUAUCGUCGUUGAACAAAGACGGAUUUGCGACGACAAGACCGGCCAGAGUGGAUAACUCAGCUGGGGAGGGACGCAAGAUUGAGUUUGCUCAGGCGUUCAUGAAUGUCGUGGUCCAAGUCUACCCAAAUUCACAUUCGCUCCAAGUGAGAUAGCUCCAGCGUACCAGAGAGCUAACGAGACGAAUCUAAGAAAACGUCAAAUCAGUGAUCAAGGUGGAAAUCAUCGUUCAGUGUAUCCGUAGACGCAGGUCGACUAGGCUUCAGAAAUCUUUGGCUCGCAUGCUCAGCGAGCCACUGGGCACGGAAUGG